AUGGGUAGAGGGAAAAUUGUGAUAAAGAAGAUAGAAAAUCUGAGUAGUAGACAAGUCACGUUUUGCAAGCGACGUAAUGGGUUGUUCAAGAAAGCUCAGGAACUCUCGGUUUUAUGUGAUGCACAAGUUGGAGUAAUAAUCUUCUCUAGCACCGGAAGGCUUUAUGAAUUUGCCAACACAAAAAUGGAAGACAUUCUCACAAAGUACAACAAUAAGGGAACGGAAUCGAGUGCCCCAGAACCUUCUGAAGAUUUGGAAGAAACAGAUACAGAUACAGAGAAAUCUCAGCCGGAGCAAGAUGCAAAUGAAGUUAUGGAUGAAACCGAAAUGCUAAGGUUAACAUUGAUGCGGAUGAUGGGCAAGGAUUUGGAUGGCUUGAGCUUUAAGGACUUGCAGCAAAUGGAAGACAAACUGGCUGAAGGCAUAUUGGCAAUAAAGAGCAAGAAGGAGCAACUACUUUUGGAGCAGGUUAAAAAGUCUACGUUAAGGGAGCAAAAAGCCUUGACAGAAAAUGAGAUUCUGCGCAAAGAAUUGAACGAGAUGAGACAAAACUAUCUCACGCCUAUCCUUACCUCCAAUCCUCUGGACUGGAGAUCAUCAUCCCUCAAAAGCACUACUAAAUCUGUUGAUCAGGAAAAUGAGCAUUUUGCAGACACCUCUUUGCAGUUGAGGUUGUCAUCAGAUUUUGGUCGAAAGAGGAAAGCGCCCAAGAUUGAAUCCAGCACUUCCCCCGAAUCAGCUAGUCAAGUGGCCUCAGAGUGA